AGCACUAUUCCACUCCAGUCAGGUAUUAUACACUGAGAAAUGUCUACAUUAGUUCUCUAUAGCUCUCUGCAAAGUGAGUCACUGCAGACAAGAGACGACAUCCCCUGCUAUGGAAAAGCUCUCGCUAGAAGAUUUUAGUCGAAGCCUGGCGUGAUCUCAGCAUCUAGGAACCUGUGGUUACCAAUCAAUUGGUACAACAGAGCAGAGCAAGGCUGCAAUAGCGUGCAGAUCAGACGUCUCUCCUUGUUUCUAGAUAACUGGGAGCCUCUGUACCAUGUCAUAUCCUCAGUUUGGAUACCCUUACUCUUCUGCACCCCAGUUCCUGAUGACCACCAAUUCCCUGACAACUUGCUGUGAGUCUAGUGGCAGGACUCUGACAGAUUCAGGCACUGCAGCCCCGGCUCAGACGCCAGUCUAUUGUCCUGUAUACGAAAGCAGGCUGUUAGCCACAGCCAGACAUGAGCUCAAUUCUGCAGCUGCCUUAGGAGUUUAUGGAAAUCCUUACACAAGUACCCAGGGCUAUGGAAACUAUGUUACCUAUGGUACUGAAGCUUCUGCCUUCUAUUCUUUGAACAGUUUCGACGCGAAGGAUGGGACUGGAUCUACGCAUGCGGGCAUUACCCAGGCGGCUGCCUACUAUCCCUACGAUCACACACUCAGUCAGUAUCAGUAUGACAGGUAUGGCACUAUGGACGGAGGCACCCGAAGAAAAAACGCUACUCGUGAAACCACCAGCACGCUGAAGGCCUGGCUGCAGGAGCACAGGAAGAACCCCUACCCCACCAAGGGCGAGAAGAUCAUGCUGGCCAUCAUCACCAAGAUGACCCUCACCCAGGUCUCCACCUGGUUCGCCAACGCCAGGAGGAGGCUCAAGAAGGAGAACAAGAUGACCUGGCCUCCGAGGAACAAGUGUUCCGAUGAGAAGAGAUCCUACGAAGAGGAAGAGGAGGAAGAGUCACAGGAAGACAAUAUGAAGAACGAGAAAAACGAUGAGGCCACCAGCAAAGAAGAAAAAGAGCUGGAACUGAGUGAUUUGGAUGACUUUGACCCCAUUGAGUCGGAAAGCUCAGAAUGCGAAUUGAAACAGCCCUUCCAGCACCUGGAGAGCAGCCAGCUAAGGGCAGCCGACACAUGUGCUACUAAUCAUUGCAAGGAGCCUUCUCUAAAGACACCGAUCCCGGCGGCCACUAUUGAAGAAGACCUGGAGAGGGCUAAAAACUGUCUCAAGAAUGUGGUGGACGAAUGUGAGCAAGACUUAACCAAUGUAAGGCAGAGAAGUUGUGAGUCCAAAAUGUGUUUUCAGCAGGGGCAACAAAUAUUGGAGACAAAACCCAGGAUUUGGUCCUUGGCUCACACUGCCACUUCUCUAAACCAAACUGAGUAUCCUUCCUGCAUGCUGAAACGCCAAGGAGUAUCCUCUUCCGUUGCAGUUUCUGCUCCUGUUAGUGUCAUUGACAGACAUCAGGAUUCCCCAGUCACCAAUCUCAGGAACUGGGUGGAUGGGGUGUUUCAUGACCCCAUAUUCAGACACAGUACUUUGAACCAAGCUUUGAGCAACACAACAGUUUCCUGGGCUACCACCAAAGGGGCUAUUCUGGAAACGGGAUCUUUAGGACGCUCAAUGGGGAACAGUACUAACGUGCUCAAAGGCCAACUGUCAAACUUAUCCCACCAGGACUCAAAUAAAGAAUUUCUUGCAUUUCCCAAAUCAGGAAGCAAAAUGUUUUGUUCUUAACAACACCCCAAGUGGCAAAGAACUUUCUAACACCUGAAGAGUGGGAUACACUGAAAAGAGAUUUGGAAGAAUUUAAAUUUAAAUAUAAUUUUUUAAAAAAUAACAAAGAUAAGGAUUUAACGUUCAGUUUGCUUAAUUAAACAGGCAGACUUUACUCAUUGCUGUUUUGAAGAAUUUCUGUUGGCGGCGACUUUAAGGGAUCAGUGUCCUAAAAAUAAUUUAACUCCAUGUCUAAAAGCACGUACUAUAGUGUAGGCGAACUUAAAAGUUUACAUCCAAAAGUUUACAAACGAGAAAUUUAAAUUCAGAUAUUUAAUUUAAGGCAUGCCAAUAUUAGUUAUAAAGACUUUUCAGAUUUUUUUCCUUCUGAUUUCAUUGUUAUCAUAUAAUUCACAAACGGCACUUAUACCAAGUUUACACUAUUGCACAAAUUUACCUUGACAAACAUGUUUAAAAAGUAUGUUCACUCCAAUAAAUUGUCUGUUUCAGAAGU